ACAAUAGUAUCAUCAAAGCCCACUGUUGAAACAACAUCUACAGGAGCACCUUCCACUAUUUCAUAUGAAUCCACACUGAAACCUGAACAAACAACUCUGUCUGAAGCUACAACAGGUAAAUUUGGGACUACUAUCCCUCCUAAAGUUGUUACCUCUGGUCCGGUGACAUCCUCCACUACAGUUGUCCUUGAAACGUCAAGCACAGGACCAGGAAUCCAGCCAACCAAACCAGAAAGCUCCACUGUUACAUCCAAGCCCUCCACAAGCACCACUACUACACCAACACCGUCUGCCGCUAGUACAGAAAGUUCGACAAAGUCUCUGGAAACUACCCUGUCAGAAAUCACAGGACCAAGCAUAGAGACCAAAAAACCCACCAUAGCAACAGCUGGACAAAUAACUUUUUCUACAACAGCAGUUCCUGAAACUACAGCUUCAACACCAGGAAACACAGCAACAAGUAGAGAAAGCACAAUAGUAUCAUCAAAGCCCACUGUUGAAACAAAAUCUACAGAAGCACCUUCCACUAUUUCAUAUAAAUCCACACUGAAACCUGAACAUACAACUCUGUCUGAAGCUACAACAGGUAAAUUUGGGACUACUAUCCCUCCUAAAGUUGUUACCUCUGGUCCGGUGACAGUUUCCACUACAGUCGUCCUUGAAAUCUCAAGCACAGGACCAGGAAUCCAGACUACCAGAACAGAAAGCUCCACUGUUACAUCUAAGCCCUCCACAAGUACCACAACUACACCAACACCGUCUGCCGCUAAUACAGAAAGUUCGACAAAGUCUCUGGAAACUACCCUGUCAGAAAUCACAAGACCAAACAUAGAGACCAAAAAA